UGAUGCGUGGACAUGUCGUAUAGUUAUUGUUGGUCGCACUCUCAAAGGCAGUGUUGAUGUUUUGAGGCGUGUAACAUCGAAGAAAGAGAGUCGCUUUGCACCGAGGACAUUUCCUUUCUUUCUCCGGAUAAAGACAAUAUAUCUGUCUUUUUGAGCUCCGAGGCUUGUUUUUACACCCGGUGACAUGUCGGAAAGCUCGAGUGACACUGAGUCCUCGUGCGGAUGGACCGUCAUCAGCAACGAGGGCUCGGAUAUCGAGACUCUGGGACCCGACAUCGUGACGGAUUAUGAUCCAGAAGAGGCAGCUGGAGCUUCUGCGCCAGAGCAGCCCGUUUCUUUACAAGACGCGGACGCGGAGGCGGUGGAACAAUCCUCUUUGGACGUCACGAUUAAGGAGUUAGAGACGGCGCUGGAAGCCGAGCCCGGGCAACAGGUGGGAAAGGAGGCGGGUCUAGAGGACCAUGUGCAUCUCUGCUCUUCCAGCGAUCACUCUGACAUCGUCACCCUUGGCGACGCCAGGGAGGCGGAGCUCGGGGUGUGGGAGGAGCCUGUUGCUAGGGAGGACGAGGAAACGGGGAACGAGGAGCUCUACUUGGGGACGUCGUCAAGCAGCCAGUACACGUUCAGUGCUGCAGAGACGAUUUUCCCAGCAGAGUGCGCCGCACGCAGAGGCUCCAGUAGCACCAGCGAGGAAGACGAGGACGCCGAGACGAAGGCCAGCCCGGGGGUGGUUCGGAGGCGCAGGCUGAGGAGGAACACGGCUGGUUCAGAGCCGGAGAAAGAGCAGGAUGGAGAUGGUCAUGAGGAUGAGGUGGAGGUGGAAGCUGAGGAGCAGAGAGAAGCUCGCGUCCAACAUCAGCGACAGAACAGCGGAACCCUGAACAAGUGCAUCCUCCUCGCCCUCGUCAUAGCCAUCAGCAUGGGCUUCGGGCAUUUCUACGGCACGGUGCAGAUCCAGGAGAGGCAGCGGCUGGUGGUGAAAACUCGAGUGAACGAGCUGAGCGACAUCAGCAGGGAUGCAGUUGAGAGUCUGAAGGAUGAGCUAGAGGAGAAGCAAGACAUGGUGAUGUCCCUGACAGGCAUUAUGGAUAAGAUUACCAAGGAGAAUCAGCAUCUCAGAGCCAGAGAGGCUGAACUACAGGCUCAGAGGCAAGAUUUACUCGCACAGCUUCAGCAGGCCAAGAGCGAGAUGGAUUCCCGUCAGAAGCAACUUGCCUCGGAGAACCGGGCUUUGAAGAGCACUCUGGAACGAGAGGAGGCAUCUCUCUCGGCACUGCAGGACGAGCUCCGGUAUCUCCGGUCUCAGAUCCGCGAGCUCGAGGAGCAAGGAGCUGGCGCUGACUCAAUCCUCUCUGAGAACCAGCGCCUAAAGGACCACCUCCUAGAGGAGAAGCAGAGGAUCCGGAGCUUCCUCAGCCAGAAGGAGGCACUGAUGGUGAAGGUUCAGGUGCUUCGGAAGGAGCUUGAUAUGGAGAGGAAAGUGACGGAUAAGCUGAAGGAGGAGCUGGAAGAGAUGAGUCAGCGAGAUACUGGGAUGCGAAGGGAAGGAGAGGUUGAUGUCGAAACUGAGGGACUCCAGGUUCGACUUCGGGAACUGGAGAAGAAGCUUAGCUUUGAGCAGCAGCGUUCCGACCUGUGGGAGCGACUGUACGUGGAGUCAAAGGAAGACCAAGCCAAAGGGGACACUCAACCCAAGACCAGGAAAUCCAAAGAAGGCAUGCUCGGGAAGGUCAAGGAGACGUUUGAUGCGGUGAAGAACUCAACCAAGGAGUUUGUUCACCACCACAAGGAGCAGAUCAAGAAAGCCAAGGAAGCCGUCAAGGAGAACCUUAGGAAGUUUUCAGACUCUGUCAAAUCUACGUUUAGGCAUUUGAAGGACUCCACAUCAAAUGUAUUAGGGAGAAUCCGAAGGCCACAGGACAAAAGAUUCAACGAGAGGAAGGAUGCAAAAACGGAACAGCAAGGAUUUCAGCAAGAGAGUUUCAAAGAACAGCAGAACAAACGUUCAGAGGAAGAACACUGGCAGCACCACCGGCCCCUUCACCAGCAUCCUCGGAAAUCCACAGUGGACUCCUCCUUCCAGGCAGACCGCAACACGCGCAAGCCAGGUGCCCAGAAGCAGCAACGGUCUACGGCAUGCAAAGCUAUGCCUAAAGGAUGCACUGGCGUCUUUGACUGCGCCUACCAAGAAUCCAUGAGCCUCUUUAACAAGGCCAUGGAGCCCAUAAGAGCGGACGAGUUCCACCAGCUCCUGCGAAGCUACCUGCAGCAAGAAGUGGGUCAUUUCCAUCACUGGAGGGAGCUUGAUAGCUUCAUCAACAGGUUCUUCCAGAACGGACUCUUUAUUCACGAUCAGAUGCUGUUCACGGACUUCGUCAGCGGAGUAGAAGACUACCUGGUGGACAUGGACGAGUACCAGGACGGGGAUGACGACGUUUUUGAGGAUCUGGAUGAUUACGUAUAUAAGCACUUCUUCGGAGAGACGUACUCGGAACCGAAUGCUCCAAGUCGACCUUUUGAAGGCCCAGGGUCGAAGGUCAAACCGGAGCGGGAGUGCCAACAACAUCAGCAGCAGCGAAAGCACCAGCAUUCGCGUACUCUGCCUCCUCGAGACAGGAAGUGGGCCCGGUCGGGGCGCAGCUCUGACAGACACUUUGCAGACGUCAAAAUAGAGCUCGGGCCCAUGCCGUUCGAUCCGAAAUACUAGGAAACGUUCUCCGCACUAGUUCUUUCUAUUAUAGCUCUUAGAUUUGAAAAUAAAACCGGCUGUUAUUGCAAAACCGUUUGGAAUAACGCUGCGUUCAGGUCAUGUCACAAUUACGCUAAUGUACCUGACACCAAAAAUGAAAUAUCGUGAGUUAAAGCGGGAAUAAACACAAUUUCACAACGUUUUGAGAAAAUUCUGACAUGACGUGAACGCGCUAUAUGUCUAACGAACGCAUCGCUUCCCUCUGCCUCCUCGCCACAAAUGUUGUGAUUUUGCACAAAUCUAAAUGCGCUAAAUGUUGUUUUGUUCCGUGUGUGUGUGUGUGUGUGUGUGUGUGUGUGUGUGAGCGCUAAUCUGCAGCUAGGUUUCAGUGGAGUCAAUAGGCAAGCGCAGACGCUAAUCAGCUACCAGUUAUUUAGCUCCAGUUGCAAGAGAACUAUAUACAUAAUGACGUAUGAAACAAAACGUUUGAGAAUGCACUUAAUUUAAACGAAGCACUGUGUGUUGGUAAGAAAGAACAGUUUAUUUGUAUUAAAUAGACUAAUUUAAUUGCGUGAAGUGUCAUUAAUCCUGCGUAGGACCAAGUGAUUUAAGCCUGAUCUACUGAGCUUUCAGCUGAAGUACAUUGAACUGUGGAUCACUUUUCUCGCUGUUUUUUUUUUUUUGCUGCUAAACGUGAACACUUGAUUGUGUAAACACGGAGCAAGACCUUCGUUUCCAUCCUGGGUGUGUUGUGUAGUUCUCCUUUUUGUUAUGUCAUGCUGGAUAGGUUACAUUCCUGUUGAAACUUGUUUGCUUGUUUUUUUGUUUUUUUUCAAUUGUCCAAAAAGUAAUUGCUGUUUUGCGGCUCAUGGAGAAAAAAAAAAAAUACACAAUAAAAAUGUUAUUUUGCUUGAA